AUGUCGACUGCAAAUUAUACAAGAUUUCAAGUUCCAAUUUUAGAGGAAGGGUGUAUCAUUCUGGCUAGUGAUGGCCUUUGUGAGCAUGUAAUUGUUCUGAUUGGCUAUACGGAGGAAGCAGUAAAGCUGGUAACGCCUAUACGAGAGGGAGCGUAUGGUCGAAUUGCUCCUCAUUCUGGGCUGACUUGGAAGCAUUCCAUAGCUAUUGGUGCUAAGGUUAUUGAUGCAGAUUGUCAUGGCCUAAUUGUUGUGAACCCCUUCAAUCAUGUUGAUCAGGACAUUUAG